AUGCAGUUUGCAUGUUACCGACUACCUGAAAUAAACGUUUUUUUGUUUUCUUUAACAUCUUAUAUUUUAAAUAAUGUUAUUAACAACAUCUUAUAUUUUAAAUAAUGUUAUUAACAAUGAUUUAUCGAUUCAAUACGCAAAGCACGGUUGCUUAAACUCACCUAAAAAGCGACAAGUUAUUGUACGCAAGUGCAGUUAGGUUAAAAUUUUUUUUAGAGUUUUUAAAUGGCACGGACCUUCGCUACAAAGUUAGUUUUUAGAUGAAUACUAAUUUUUCUUAACUCGUGGCGUUUUUUAUGAUUUAUAGAUGGAGACUCACAAUAAGAAUUUGAUUCUUCUUUGCAGGGUUUGUGGUUAUUUAGUUGGGAAAAAAAAGUAUCCUAUUGGAACAAACCAGAGAAAUAAAAUUGAAAAGGUGUUUCAUGUCUUGCUAUCAGAUGAGAUAAAGAAUGUUCAUCCAUCUAACAUUUGUCACAAAUGUUAUGAUACAAUAAACAAUGUCAUCGACAAUACUUCUUUUAAAUAUGAACUGGAAACCUCAUUCUGAUGAAUGCUAUUGUUGCCAACAGGCAGAAAAACUCAGUAAAGCCUUUACUAAAAGUGAAAAACUCAGUAAAGCCUUUACUAAAGGUGUAAAUUUUACUAAAUCAAGAAAAAUGAAUAAAAGACUUAUUGGUCGCCCUGUUCACCAGGCUGGUGUUUGUGAAAAAGUUUGGUUGUUUUCAAUGAUUGCUGACGUUAAAAAAAACAUUGUUGUAGUACACGACUCUAAAAAAGCUAAAAAAAAGGAGUUUAAUCCACAUUAACAGCUUUGUCAGUGUAAUUUAUGUGGUAAAAUACCAAAACAACCAGUAACUUUAAAAAAAUGCGAACACUUAUUUUGUUUUUUUUGUUUAGUAGAAGAUAUAAAGAUAAACCUUCUGAAGGAAACAUUAUGUCCAAAAUGUAAAGUGUUUAUUUUACCUGAAGAUUUAGUAACCAGUGUUAAAACAAACUAUAUAUGUAAAAAUAUGUAAAAAAAAUAUCUAAAAAAAAGUUCAAUGUAUUAAAAGAAUACAACUUAUACACUAAUCAUAAGAGUUUCUGCAUUGCUAAAUCAUUAACAAUAGCACAAUCAACCCCAAUGAUAUCAUCAUCAUUAUUAUCUUCAUUUGCUGAUAAUUCGGCUUCAUCGUCAACUUUUAAAGUAGCAUCACUGCCAUCAUCAUUGACAUCAUCAUCAUUGUAUUUAUUUAACAGCAACAUUUCUGAUAUUUUCAAUCUAACUGCAGGUAAUGAUAUUCCUAGAAUAGUUGAAGAUGCUGCACUACAUAUUCUUAAGCAAAAGAUGGCUAAAGAUGGUGGAAAAGUAGUUGAUUUCAAAAGUGGAGGAUCUAGACCAGUUGUGUUUUUUGAAAUUCUUCAAUUAAAAAACACAUGGAGGUUAUGUCUGGUACAUCAAAUGAUGCAAUAUGCUGCCAAUCAUCAAAGCUGAUAAAAUCAUUUCAAACAGAGACAAAGGGUUUGAUAUUGGAUAAUUUAUAUACUGAAGCAGUAGUAAUUACUGCAAAUAACAUGGUAGCAAUGAAAGCAGAUUUGUGCAUACCUUGGGAAAAGCUUAAAACAAUAUCAAAGUGGCUGAAGAGCUCUAAUAUAAAUACAGCAUCAUAUUCUUCACAAAGAUUAGUUGCUGAAAAAUUAUCUGGUGAUGACUUAAUUGUAGAAAAUGCACCAUUUACUUUUGAAAAAGAAGAGAAAGGAACAUAUGAAAUAAAAUACGUAUCUUGGGGCUAUAUUGAAAAUUUACCAAUGCAUAUAUUAAGACAUCUUGAUCAAUUAGAAAGGGAUAACAGUAUUAGAGUAUUUGUUUUUGGAGACCAUGAGUUUUUAUGUGCACUCUGCGGAAUUUCAGGAGCUACAGGGAGGCAUUGUUGUCUUUUCUGUUAUGCGACAGCAAGUGAAAUGAAAUGUGGUAAACAUGAAAAUCCUGAAAUAAAAGAUCGUACCUUGGAAGAUUUAUUUUCUGAUCAUAAAAAAUUUAUAGAAAGUGGAGGCUUAAAGAAAAAUGUUAAGAAUUUUUGACAAUGUUAUUGAAAAACCAAUUUUGAAAAUACCCCUUGAUCAAGUAUCUUUACCUAGUCUCCACAUGGCUCUUGGUAUUUAUUUAAAUUUUUUUAAUUUGUUUGAAGAAGAAGUGCAUUAGCUGGAUAUUUUAAUUGCUGCAGAAACAUUAAAAAGCAACAUUAAUUUUUCAGAAGAAUAUACAGUUUUUGUAUCAAAACAAAAACAGCUGUUAAAUCUACAAGCUGAAAUUCUUAAACUUGACGAUCAAAUCCAUUUAAUCAAUGAUGUUGUUUUGUUAGCAGCUGUUAACAAUUCUGAUAC